GGGAUCUUUUUAAAAAUAGGAUCACUGUUAAAAUUGGUCAAUAUGAAAGUGUAGGUGAACUCAAGAGACUUAUUAAAGCUGAAAAAAUGCACUUUUCAAUUUUUGGCGCGAGCGACCUUAGGUUAUGGCUUACGGAUUUACCAAUUGGAGAAGGUAACGACAUUCCAGAAUGGGAUCUUCUCGACCAUGAUGAAAUUUUUUCAAAUAAUCAAGUUAGAUUCGUUUGGCAAGAAGAUCCGGAUUUAUCAAAAAUACAUGUAAUCAUUAAACUACCUGAAAUUGAUCAACCGAAAAAAAUAAUUUUAAAUUGUCUCGUUAUUUCUCAAGCAUCAUUUAAAAGUAUCUCAAGACAUGAUGUUAUUACGCUUGAGACAUCUCAUGAUAAAACAGUUGAUCAACUAAGGCCUAUGAUUAAGGAACACUGGUCAUCUUUAUUUGAAAAUAUUCUUCCUACCAACUUUAUUCUUCACUAUAUCGAUAGAAGUACAACAACAACUAUCCAACAACAAAUCAAUUUUUAUAAAGAAGGAAAUGGUGAUCUUGGUAAUUUUGGUACAGAAUUAGUUCCAG